GCUAGGGUUUUGUAUAUUUAGGGUUUCCUCCUUCUUAGCAGUCGUUGAGCUGUCACUCUACUUGUUCUCUGUCGUCGCCGCAGCUCCGGAGCUCCACCAUGGCCGUUGGUAAGAACAAGAGGAUUUCCAAGGGGAAGAAGGGAGGAAAGAAGAAAGCAGCUGAUCCAUUUGCAAAGAAGGAUUGGUAUGAUAUCAAGGCUCCCUCUGUUUUUUCUGUCCGAAACGUUGGCAAAACCCUUGUGUCCCGUACCCAGGGUACAAAGAUUGCUUCUGAGGGACUCAAGCAUCGUGUGUUUGAGGUAUCCCUAGCUGAUCUUCAGGGUGAUGAGGAGCAUGCCUUCAGAAAAAUUAGAUUGAGAGCUGAGGAUGUUCAGGGCAAAAAUGUCCUGACAAACUUCUGGGGAAUGAAUUUUACUACUGAUAAGUUGAGGUCCCUUGUGAGGAAAUGGCAAUCCUUGAUUGAGGCUCAUGUUGAUGUUAAGACAACUGAUAACUAUAGUCUGAGGUUAUUCUGCAUUGGCUUUACCAAGAAGCGUUUAAACCAGCAGAAGAGGACUUGUUAUGCUCAAUCAAGUCAGAUACGGCAGAUUCGUCGGAAGAUGCGUGAAAUCAUGGUAAACCAGGCACAGUCUUGUGAUUUGAAGGAUUUGGUCCUGAAGUUUAUUCCUGAAUUAAUUGGCAGAGAGAUUGAGAAGGCAACCUCUAGCAUUUACCCACUUCAGAAUGUGUUUAUUAGGAAAGCUAAGAUCUUGAAAGCUCCUAAAUUUGAUCUCGGCAAGUUGAUGGAGGUACAUGGUGAUUAUUCUGAGGAUGUUGGUGUGAAGGUGGACAGGCCUGCUGAGGAACCAGUUGCUGAGGCAACUGAAGUUGUUGGGGCUUGAAAAUCUUCUCGUGUCUUUUUUUACUGGUCAUUUUGGUUCUGUUCUUUUUGGACAAGUAUAUGUUGUUCAGCCUCAUAUUUUGUUGUUGGAUGAAGGAUUAGGAAAGCAAUUUUGCCUUGUUAGGUGAGGACAUUGAUGGUUUUGGCCUUAAUUAAAUGAAGUUUUGUUUCAAUUAAUUUC